CUACAUUUGAGCACUGAUCUACAGUGAAAUUUAAAGUGCACGACUACAAUAGAAAUUAUUAUAUGAAUCACAAUUGUGAAACAUUUACUAUAAGCUGUAGGAUUAGGAGUACCAAAAUCUGCAUAAGAGACUAAACCAGAAAAUGUCAGAAGGACCAGAUGUUCAUGAGGCGGAGGAAGCACACGAGGGUCUAAAACAUGAGGCAUUUAUAGUCUCUAUUGACAUUGGGACAACCAGUCUUCGUAGUCAUAUAUAUGAUAACCACGGACAUAUCAAAGCAUCAAGUUCGAAAAAGAUUGAGCUAAUAUAUCCGAAGCCAGGAUGGUCGGAAAUGGACCCAGAACAUCUUUAUAGUCAGGUGGUCACAUGUGUAGAAGAAUCUGUCAAAGCUGCUGGUAUCAAAGUAAGUGAUGUAACAUGCCUUGGCAUUGCUGUACAGAGAAACACGUGCCUUACCUGGGACAGAGAGACGGGAAAACCUUACCAUAAUUUUAUAACAUGGCAAGAUUUGAGAGCCAGAGAUUACGUCAAAUCAUGGAAUACUUCACUUACAUUGAAGGCAUUAAAUGGUGGAUCAAAGUUUUUACAUACAUUUACAAGAAAGAAAAGAUUUUUGUCAGCAAGUGUGUUAAAAUUUAUGUCUCCUCAGGUUACUUUGAGAUUACUCUGGUUGUUAGACAACAUUCCUGAUUUGCGAAAGAAGGCUACUGAUGGAUUGGUAAUGUUUGGUUGUAUAGAAUCAUGGUUGCUAUGGAAACUGACAGGAAGUAGAGUACAUGCUACAGACUAUUCUUGUGCCAGUGCCACAGGAUUGUAUGAUCCUUUCCAGGUAGCAUGGAGUAAUAUAGUGUGUGGAUUAGUUAACAUUCCAAUGAACAUAUUUCCAGAAGUUUUACCCACCAGUGGGUUGUUUGGUCAUGUAGAUGAAGCAGUAUUUGGCAGCAGUAUACCAAUCACUUGUCUCGUUGGAGACCAGAGUGCAUCAAUGUUUGGAGAAUGUUGCUUUGAUGUAGGGGACAUAAAAUGUACAUUAGGAACUGGGAUGUUUAUCGACCUCAAUACAGGAGAAAGUCCCCAUGCUUCAAUAGCUGGUUUAUACCCUAUAAUAGGGUGGAAAAUUGGAGAUAAAUUAACAUACAUAGCAGAGGGCAUUGCCACGGAUACCGGAUCUGUAAUAAAUUGGGCACAAGAAUUAGGAUAUUUUGAAGAUGUACGGGAAACAGCAUCUAUAGCAGAAUCUGUUGAAGAUACCGAUGGUGUGUACUUUGUCCCUGCCUUCAGUGGCCUACAGGCACCAAUCAAUGAUGAUAAAGCCACCUCAUUAAUGAUUGGCAUGCAGCCUUCAACGACCAAAGCCCACAUUACACGUGCCAUCCUUGAGUCUAUAGGAUUUAGAUUUAAACUGCUGUAUGAAACUGUUCUCAAUGAAACUAAAAUACCUCUUAAUUUUGUCAGAGUAGAUGGUGGUGUUUGCAACAAUGACUUUCUGGUACAAUUGAUGGCAGAUCUCACCAAUCAAAUUAUAAAUAGAUCAACACAGACAGAAAACAUGUCAAGCCUUGGGACAGCAUUCUUUGCUGGGCUUGCAAUGGGUGUGUGGAAAGAUUUGAAGGAACUGGAGAAAAUUCGUAAAACGGAGCGUGAAUUUGAACCACAACAAAACUGGUCCAAAUACAAGCCAGUAUUCCAUCAGUGGGAACGUGCCGUUAGCAGGUCACAAAGAUGGUACGAAGAGUCAUGACAUGUUUGAUGAAAAUUUGCAGUAUAGACCGGUUGUCUUUUAUUUAGGACUAUUCCAUAUUUUAUAGAGCUUACAAAUAUUCUAAUACUUAGAUUAUACAUUGUAUUCUGUGAUAUUUGUAUAUUGUAAAAGCACAUAUAUUUGCUGGGUCAAAAUUUCGCGACUUUGCAAUUUUGAGUAUGUUCGCAAAGUUUAAUAAUCACAAAAUGGAAAAAUAGUAUCCUACUUGAAUUAUAUUAAUGGCAUUGAAUUAUACUAAUGGCAAAUAUUUACAUGAGGAUUAAUUUUUGCAAGAUUUAGGGCCUAACAAAUAUAGCGAGUAUUAAACCCUCGCAAAAAUUUCUGCUUUUACAACAUACUACCAAACACCUCUCUACAAAAACAGAUUUUUUGUUUUUCUUUAGAAAAUUUUCUUAGUAAGUUAGCGUCUCCAUAGCAACAACAUCAUUUUUGACUCGUAGUGAAAUUUCUACAUGUGUAUUCUGCUAUGAUGUAUUUUUGACAACAAUUGUUAUUGAUUGGGCAAAAAUACAUGUAUAUCACAUUUUUAUGAAAAGAAGUUAAAAAAAAAAGUGCAGGAAUGUCCUAAAAGUUUGCCUUUAAACAAAUGUUCAUGUAUGAUUUUUUAUGUUGUUUUAUUUUUAUUGCCAGUAUCGUUACAUGUAGCAUCAACUUGAGUUUUGUCUUCAGGUUUAUCUGCUUUGCUACCGGUAUAUUUUACGUUUUGUAAGUGGACAGAAAGGAGAAUAUAAGAUUUUUACUCUGGUAGAAGGUGCAAAUGGGAAUAUCCAGCUUGAAGGUAACUGUUCAGGCAGUAAUGAGGCUCUGCCGAGGUACUGCAUAAACAGUUACCCAAGAGCCAGAUAUAUUUCCAUCCACACCUACAGCCAGUGAUAGAAUCUUUUUCUUCCAUGCCAUAUUCAACAAAAAAUAGUGGAAAUAAAAUCAAAUGAAUGACUUUCUUAAGAGCACUUUUUUUUUACAGUAGCAUAUUUAAACAAAGCCGGGGAAAUCAAUGUCUGUAAACAGGAAAGACCCCAUGAUGUUUCAAAUACAAAAAACAAUGAUUAGUUCCAGUUUUGUUUUAUCGUUUGCAGCAUAACAUUAUGCAUUUUUCAUAAAACAACAUUUUCUGAGUUGAGAAAUACACUAUAAAGGACAAAAGGAACUAUCAAGGUAUUCAAUUAUUAUCUUGUUUUGUGCAAUAAAAUAUAAAAUAGUGCAUAAAUCAUCCAAUAGAUGUAGUUCUUCAUACGUCAUUUAAAGCACACGAAUCAUCUCACACUCCAGGGAGUUUUUCAGCACCGGUGAAAUCACUGGAAACCCUAGUCUGGUAUGCAAUAAUAAUGCAGUCUUUGAAAUAUGUUCUGAUAGAAGACUGUGAUUAAAUAAUAAAAAACAUUAUUGAUACAGGGAGCCUCUGUGGCUGAGUGUUUAAGUUCACUGACUUUAAAUCACUCAGGGCGUUGAAUUCUUCAUGUGGGGAAGCCAUCCAGCUGGCUUACGGAAGGUCGGCGGUUCUACCCAGCUGCCUGCUGUAUGAUGAAAUAAUUUAAGGAGGGGCACCUUGGGUCUUUCUCCACCAUCAAAGCUGAAAAGUUGCCAUAUGACAUUUUACCCAACAAAAACAAACAGAAAAAAAUACAUUAUUGAUACUCUCAAAAUACUGCAGGAGAACUAUUUGUUUUUACUGUUAAAUAUUAAUAGAAAGGCCAUGUUGUGUUUUAUUUGACUUUAUGACUUCAAAAAAGUUUUGAAGUAUUUUAUGUUCCAUUUUUCACUUUGUAGCUCCUUAAUAUGGCAGUCAUUCUAUAUUUAAUAUGACAUGAUGUAGAACUUCUUUCCUACGGCUGAAAUAAAAAUUUCAUUUUAUUAAUGUGUACACAAAAGUAUUGUCAAUGGAAAGGCAGGGUGCUAAAAUGAUUUUAUUUAUUUAUUUUUAAUUGUAGUGUUAUUAUAUAUAUUGCAUAAUAUGAAAGCGGCAAUUUCAGUAAAUAUUAUCAUUGUCUGAAACUUUACAAUAAAGAUAUAACAUCCGAAAUUAGACUAGCGGCUAAUCAAAGAUGGUGGACAUGUUUUGAUGAUGUGUUACUCGGCAUAGAACGUAUGUACGUUCUAGCAUCCAUUUUGAAGUUAAACUCUGUCCCCCAUGUAAAUUACCUGUUGAUUGUAUUUCUUGUAACUUUUUUCAUUCAUGUUGUUCUCUAGUCUUCAUGAACCUGACAGUAAUAAAUAAGUAUAUUGUUGUUGUAGCAGUAGAUCUACAAAUGGCUGAACUUAUUAAUUGGCAUAUAACACAUGCUCAUAGAUUAUACAAAUGAUCAUAAUUCUUUAAAAAAAAAAAAAAAAAAAUGGAUUCUGGGCAGCAAAUAGUUGUUGAUUUUGGGUUUUUUCAAGAUUAAGGUUGCAUGGUGAGGUAAAAGGUCAAACUGAUAAUGUCAGUAUCCAUUUACUUUGUGAAAUCAUUUUAUAUAGAAUUUAAUUGGUCAGUCUUCCAACAUUUUCCUUUGUACAGUAGCUCAUUAUUAUAUAUCAGUUCACCCUUUCAUUUCACUGAAACUUUUUUUAGAGAUACAAAAUGUAGGUAAUAUUACAUGACUCCUUGUAUAAAUUGCCGUUCCAUAGUUUGUGCUUCAUGACAGGCUUAUUUUAAGACCUGUUUACUGGGUUAAUGAGUAAAAAAUUUGGAAAUAAAAAUAUGGAAAAUAAUUUCAGGCAUACGACGUUUAAAGGUAGUUCUGCACGUUUGGGUCAAAAUUAUUUCUACAAAGUAGAAUUUGAUUAAACUCUGAUUUUUCAAAACUUCAGAAUAUACCUAGAAAAUUCAGCAAAUAAAAAAGAUAGGGUUGUGUGCUUGAUUUUUUGCUAAACUGAUUUGAAAAACAGGGACCUCGCACAAUAUUUCAUAAUGGGAGUCUAUGGGAAAAUCAUAACUUUCAUAACAUUUUCAUGAAUAGAAAUUUUUCUACAAUGUAGAUUUUGAUGAAACUUCUCACAGUUGGUUGUAAAUAAAGAAAUGGCCUAUAAUUUGAUGAAAUAAAACGUAUAGGUCCGUGUGAUUAUUUUUGAGAUAUUUAAAAAUGAUUAAAGUAAACCAGAUAUUUCAUGCUAAAUUUAAGACAUUAUUUUGAAUUAUUUAACGUGUGAUAUGUUAGUUUCAUUGUAAUAAAUUUACUCACAGGUGCAAUUAAUUCAUAAAAUGAUUUUCAUUUCCUUACGCCGAAUCCAGUCUUUAUUCUACGUUUUCCGGAAAAAUGACAUUACGCCAUCACUUCCGGUUUAUCAGACAUGCAGAAAUACCAUAACCCAACAAAAACAAGCUGAAAACACUUUGAAUUGCUUGCCUCAGUCCAGUUUUGACGCCUGACCAGCAAGUCAUUCAGUGAGUGUACAACAGUGUCAGACUUUCAGAUAUUUUCGGUCUCUUUUACAAAAGUUAAAAGUUAAGCAGUUAUAAAUAAUAUUAUCACUUCCUUAAAUUACAAUUUACAUGCAUUCCAUUUUAUUCUGGUUAUUGUACAUAUAGAUUAAAAAUAAACAUUUUUAUGCCCCCACACAUUUAGCGCUUGAUGGAUCUUCUUCAAAAUUAGUCUGUUAAAUGUCUUCAACUUGAGCAGUAGGUCUCUUUGAGGAGGACACUAAGAGUUAAAAACAGAAAUAUCUUUUUUUAAGUUUUUUUUCCCCCUUUAUCUUCUUGGCAUGUCUUCAUAAAACUAGGUCUGAUCAUCCCUUUAAGGUCCUCUCUAAAUUUGUUCAAAGAGGGCACUUGACCUGCUUUAUGACUUUUAUACCAAAAAAAAAAAAAAAAUCCUACCAUCAGUGUGUCAUACAUAUAUUCAAGAUCAGGUAAGUGACUUCUGGUCACUAUGGCCCUCUUUUUAACGUGGUCUGAGGUCCAACAUUAUCCCUAGAUUUCUACCAAAGAAUUUUGGUAGACUACAUAAUUAUGCUGGCACAGUGGAAAUUUACUUGACAUGAAAGAAAGAAAUUUGUAUGUAAUUACAAUACAGUAGAUAGAUUUAUUAAAAUGUAUAUUUUAUUAUUGAUAUUUGAAUUAUUUUAUUAUAUUUGCAAUAAAAAGCAUCAAACCAG